AAUCCUGUGACAAGGACUUUUGGUCCCGAAGAGGAUUCCAUGAUUGUGGACUAUAUCUCGAGAAGUAUUUACUGUUAUUGUGAAACGAGAAUUCCUCUCAUGACAGUUUGACCUCGGCGCAGCCUUGAAUCACGCCGAGAUGAUAUAAGCGAGGAAUUCCCCUUACCCCUGACUGGUGGGUGGGGCUCGCUUCUAGUCCCCAAAGAAUCAUCAGCUACGAAAGUGACACUUCGCAGUCGAGGUGUUUCUAUUUUUGUUGCUGUUAGAAGGGUAUAAAUCCAGCCACAUUCCUCAAAAACUCUCCACUAUGCCGCCCAUCACCAAAAUAUGGUUCGCAAAAAUCAAACCCUCCACCAAAACAGACUCCCCAGAAUUCCACGAUAUCUGGACCACCGUCCUCCAAUUCUGCAACCAACAAUCCGGCAAAGAAGCAGCAGGUCACACGCUAUGGCAAGAUAUCAACGAUUCCAAGAACCUGAUCUUCAUCAGCGGUUACCCGAGCCAAGAAAGCACCGAUGCGGCGGAUUCGCUCUACGUGAAGACACAUGCUCCUAAACUGAUGGAAUUCGUGGAGAAUGAUGGGAUUGUUCAGCUUAGUCGAGACGUUACGGAGCUACCUAUAAAAGACGCGUUUGUGUCGCUUGGGUUGUAUGGUCAAGGUCAAGGCGGCGGUGCAGCAGGUUUUGAGAAGAGUUCCAAAGGAAUACAGAGUCUCUUGCAGGGAAUGGAAGGAAAUACCGGGACAUUGAGUGGGAAGGAUGAAUGGCCUGCUAUAUUAAGGAGAAGGAAAGGGCUUGCUCCCGACACAAAUGCUGAAGAUACGGUGGUCGUGGUCAGUGGGUGGAAGAGUGAUCAAUAUUACCAGUCGGCGGUCAAGCGUCUCAAUCAACAGUCACUUCCGCCACGCAAGUUAUCAAUCUAUAAGAAGAUCAUGGAGUAA